AGGUCCUCUUCUUGUGGUCAUUGAAGUUGUUUUCUACGAGGUGACUGUGUUGACUUCCUUCUUAUUCCUGAGGUUUCUGCUGAGGCACUCCUUUGCACAGAAGCUGAGGGAGGGAACGAUAUCAACUCUUGGCUGUUUGCAAUCCCAGCUGAGAUCCAUCUCCGUUCCCAGGUGAUGUCUUGCUACAGAGAGAUGACCAGCUCCCGCUGCCUGGCGCCCUGCGAGGUGUCCUGCCCACAGCCCUAUGCCGACGCCUGCAGCCAGCCCUGUGUCACCUCCUGCGGGGACUCCCGUGCCGUUGUCUACCCCCCACCAGUGGUCAUCACCUUCCCAGGCCCCAUCCUCAGCUCCUGCCCUCAGGAGAGCAUCGUGGGUAGCUCAGCACCGGCCAGCAUCGGGAGCUCAUUUGGAUACGGGAGCUCAUUUGGAUACGGGAGCUCAUUUGGAUACGGGAGCUCACAGGGUCUGAUGGGCUCCUAUGGCUCUAGGAGCUUGUAUAAAUAUGGGAGGUCCUUUUCUUCCUCUGGGUAUGGUGGUUAUGGUGCUGGGAGCUGCAGACCAUGUUAAGUGCACAGCGAAUAAAGGAAAAGGAGCAAUCACCCAACACAGAGAAGGAUGCACCCCUGCAAACUCUGGUGGUGCUGUGGCUUUCCUGGGGCAUGAACUCUGAAUACCACACUUGCAUGCAACUGUCAGGCUAAUGAUUUAUUUUAGUUUUCUUAUUAUUGUCUCCAGAGACUCCACAUAAUAAUGUCCUACUUAUAUCAAAGAUCUUUCACUUGUUGAAAGCUGGGCAAGAUUGUGUAAAUCUUCCCCUGCUAUUAAAGAGUAAUGUCUGUGGAAUGCACAACCCUGGAGCAUUCAGUCUUUAAUAAGAACCUGACAAUAUAUCACCUG